AUGCCGACCUUCGUAACGCACGAGAUGUAUACCUGCUCGCAUAUCGUAGAGACGGUCCAUCGAGGAUUCGGCAUCGAUAGCGGCUUCAGGCUCGAAUGGAUCCCGGUCCAGUCAACUUGCCCAUUGUGUUUCUUCAAGUCGCUCCUCGACAACUCUUACGAGCUCGAAUUAGAAGACGACGACGAUGAAGAUCGCCGCCGUAUUCUAAAGCAUCUGAUGCACCCGUACAAGCAACAGCUCACCAAGCACCUGCAGGUCUUGGUGGACAACAAGCGGUGUGCACUAUCCGGAAUCCGGGGCAGAUAUUCGGGUUUCAAGCAGAUACGAAUGUUGGAGAAGCUGAGCCGUAUGGCCUUAAAGCCCAAAAGCCUAGGUGAGUUCCAGGCUACGCUUCAAGUUCUUAUUAACUUCCAAAAGGGUGAGCCUCGCUACCCUACUCGUGAGCAAGGCCCUUUAUAG